UGACUGCGUCUUUGACAUUGACAUUUUUGACAUUAUCGAAUAUGAUAACUGGCAGUGGGUGGAAUCUGUGGAAUGAGUUCAAACUUCAAUAUUUGGUGAUAGGAAGAUUAAAAUAAUUGAAAAACAAGCUUUACUAAACCUGGAUACUUGUUCUUUUACGUCCAACAUUAGUAGAUUAAUUUAAAAUGUCUGUAAAUUACAUACCUCGAGUAACUCAACUGGAUGCUGUGCAGCUAGAUAGUCAAUUGGAAGAACUUUUCAAACAAUUACUAUUUGAAGUUACUAAGUACAUAGAGCCUCGUUACAUUCAGCCAAUUCUUCCAGAGCUUGAACUUUUAAUAAGGACAUGGAUUUUCAAAUAUUCAGUAUAUGAUCAUAAAAGUACAUUUGGACAGCAGAUGCUGUCAUUGAACUACAAAACAGACUAUUUUACAAGAAGUAAACUGUAUUGGUACUUUGGUUAUACAGUUGGAUUGAAGUACCUUAGAGAGAGAGCCAUUUAUAGUUUCACUUCAAACACUAAAGUCCAGAAUAUUGUAAAUAAAUUAGAAACUUUUCAAUUGAUCGCAGACAUAUUUAACUUCUGUAGGUUCAUACAGACUGGGAAAUAUCCACAACUCAUUGAUUACAUAUUAGGAAUUCAAUUAUCUGCAGAAGCAUGGACUAGGGAAGACCUAACUGAUUUAUCCUGGACCAGAGAAUUGCUAUGGCACAACUUUAUUGAGUUGCUUGGUACAACAAUAUCGUUAAUAAAUAUAUUUGGCUUGAGAAGUAAACUGUCUGGCCUUCUGAAAUAUGUUUGGUGGAGACAACAUGUGAAGUCCUCUGCCACAAUGACCAUGCCCAUAAUGACUUUGCAAACAAUCUGUGCGUGCUGUGAGAACCCACCGGUCCUACCACACACUAUGGGUUGCAGUCACAUAUUUUGUUACUACUGUGUAGUGGCCAAUAAAACAGCUGACUCAGAUUACGCAUGUCCAAAGUGCUAUUAUAAUGGAAAAGAUGUCAAGAAGUUUGUAAAGACAUAAAACAUGACAAUUUAAUUUAGUUUUAAGGGAAAGUUGGUACUGUGAUAAGCAUUAAUUGUAAGCAUCAAUAAAUUAUGAUGUCAAUUUUUUUUGCCAUAGCAGACAGAUCACCUAAUUGUAAGCAAUUAGCACCGCUUGGACACCCGCAAUACCAGAGAAGUCCCAGGUGUGUUGCCAGCCUUUUAAAAAGGAAUACACUCUUUUCUUAAUUUAUUUCAAGUAAAUGGGUGUUAUUUUAAGUUCGAAAUCUUUAUGUUAUUUAAUUU